UUUGUUGUUGUGGUUUCUUUUCUUCCAUUGUUGUGAUACCACAAGUCUUAGGUUAAGGGACCAGUGAGAGACACUCUUUACUUCCAUUCUUGUUAACAGAAGAAGGAUACUUCAUGGUUUUGUUACCUGCUUUAAAGAAGGUUUUUUCAUGCAUAUCUUGUCUUGAUGCAUGUUUGUUGCCUGAUACUUGUUUAAGUUCUGCUGCUUAAACUACACCUCCUGGUUCAAUAUCUCAACUAGACUGCUGGGUGCAGAGCAAAACACAGAUUUGAGAGUCCUGUUGGCUUUGCAGAAUGCUAUUGGAGUCUUGUUAUGUAAUUGAACUAGACUGGGUUGCAAACUCGACCGGUCACGAACUUGACCUAACUCAAGAAAUAGCUUUAUUUUCUUAUGUUUUGGAUUCCUUCCAUCCUCAAUACUUUUGAUAUCGCUCAGAAUUCAGAAUCUAGCAUAGCAAAGGAGGGUUGUUCCAUAUAGCUCAGUCCCAGUUACUUUGGUCCACAAGGAUGAAAUGCUGGCUCAAGGAACUUGAGAAGUUGGGUCCCAAGAAGGGUGUUAUCAGCCAGUCUGUGAAAGAUGUUGUCCAAAGUCUAGUCGACGAUGACCUUGUUGCAAAAGACAAGAUUGGAACUUCUGUGUACUUUUGGAGUCUUCCUAGCUGUGCCGGAAAUCAGCUGAGAAAUGUGCAUCGGAAGCUAGAAUCUGAUCUUCAGAGUGGUAAGAAGCGGCUUUCUGAACUUGCUGAUCAGUGUGAUACCUUAAAGAAGGGACGAGAGGAAUCUGAUGAGCGAGAGGAGGCCUUAGGUGAGCUAAAAGCCAUUGAACUGAAGCAUAAAGAGCUGAAGGAUGAAAUGGGACAGUAUUCUGAUAAUGAUCCAGCUGCCUUUGAAGAAAUGAAGAAAGCAAUUGAAGUGGCACAUGCAGCUGCUAACAGAUGGACAGACAACAUUUUUACACUGCGGCAGUGGUGUUCAAACAAUUUUCCUGAGGCCAAGGAGCAGCUUGAACACAUGUACAAGGAGGUGGGAAUAACAGAUGAUUUUGACUAUUUGGAGUUAUCAACAGUUCUGCCUGGAACAGUUGGGAAUCAGAUGGCAGAAGGCAAUCCUUAGGCAAUGCCGUCUGGCUUAACAGUUCAUUUCAAUAUGGCUGUCCAAAGGAUGUGCAGUAUUGCCAUCACAAUUCAUAAAACAUAAUGAAUUCUCUUUCCUUCUCUGGAGUGCGGCUGUCUUGAUGGAAGGUUCAUGAAACAUAAUGCUAACUUCAGAGCAUCACAAAUUGGUACCUUCAUCACACAAUGACUUAAAAGCGGGGUUGUAGUCUGUUAAUAGGAGUAAAGAUCUGUUGAUCAUUCAAUUUUCUCUGUUAUUUUGAUGACAUUACUAUCCAAAAUAAUACAGGGUUGUUUCACAUUUUUUUCCUUGUUUUGGUUCAAAGGCAAUAAUGGAAUGCGUAUGGGGCCUGCCCUGUUCCUUACUCUUUAGACCCCCCAACCCUGAUGGAAGACAGGACAGGAGUUGUCAAUACAACCCCAAGAGGUUCACUGGCUAGCUAACAAGCACCUUCUAAAAAUAAACAGGAAAAAUCGAACAUCACUCUCAGGUUUAUAGCUGUCUUGAUAUGUUUGCUUUCCUUGAGGCUUGUUAUAGAAAGAAUAUGCCCUUUGCAACAAGGAUACUUUUUCUUCCUCUGUUGGCACAUUUGUGUAAGAAUAUGUUCUAUGCAGCCCCUUUUCUUCCUUUGUUAGACACCUAGCUUAUAUGGUUGAAACCAGCAAGAUGUUUCCAUCCAUGUUUAUCAUGUUUGGGCCAUUUUUCCAUGUGCUUGUAGCUAUGUGUCACGGAGGUGUUUGAGGGCUCAUUUGUGCAGGGUAUGCAUCUGGCUUGCUAAAUUCAUUUUACAAUUACUUAAUCCUUUCAGUUUGUGCUUUGUAGCCUAUUUUUUUGUGCACCCUACCCUAAUCUUGAUCACUCAAAAAAAUGACCUAUUCGUAUUGACCAUAAACACUAGGAGAAACCAUUGAUGAACUCUUAGUCUAUUCAUGUCGUCGUUGUCAUAUGAACAAACAAUAAUUAAAUAUGAGCGCUAAUCAGAGUUUCCGUGAGAUACUUAUUUCUUCUUGUUUGUGGAAGUCCCCAUCCAAUCUGUAACCAGCCUGCUGGCUUUUAAUUAAAGGGAACUUCAAUUAGAAGUAAGUGCUGGAUGCUUCAUACUUGUGAUGCUGAUGCUGGUGGGAUGGAAAUCAUCUAUCUGGCUCUUAAAGAAAAUUCCAUCCCAAGUCGACGGCUGAAUCCCUUUCGAAAAUGGGAAAUUUAAAAAAAAAAAAAAGGACAAUAAAAUGAAUAAUUAGAAAAGAUGAAUAUUCUGACAACCAAUCAUGAAUGCAUGUGUAGAUGUGGGUAUUUGAUCGAAGGAAUUGUACUGUUCACAGCUCAACGAUGACAGAGUGAGAACGUGCAGCCAUUAUUGUGCGCACACGUGGCAACAAUCUAAAGGCCCUACAUUUGGAAAGCCAGAGAGGCUGUCCAUUUCUUUUAAGAUUCCCCUCUCAUCCCCCUGCUCACGACUCAAAACAUUCUCUUUUAAACCCUCCAAACCUAAGCCUUUGUUUUCAGCAGUUGUGUAGCAGAGAGCAUUGCGUUCCCUCUGUGAGAAAGAGGGGGGGAAAAAAAAAAAAAAAAAAAAACAGAAGAAA